AUAAUCCGUGAGUAUCUCCCAAGUUGUUCCUUAGAGAGCUUUCGACGCACUGCUUGGGAUUCUUGCUCGCCAUCUUCCCGAGCCUGUACAACCCGCGCUGAAUGUAGCCAUGGCUGACGAAGGCUACUCCUCAACUACUUGGGAAUCAACAGAUAAUUCUGAUCCUAAUGCCAGCCAGACUCUUCCUUACGGCCUAUUCCAGCCUAAUAACCCGUCUCUUAUUCACGAAUCCGCCACUGCUCCUGCCCUGUCGUCGUUACCAGUUAAACCGUCGUCGCCUCCUCCCAGGUCAAGCUCGGACUCGCUGGGUCGAUCAUCCACUUCGAGGUGGCGAGAUAGCGUGCCGGUGACGAUUGAACGCAAGGAUACACUAUCCAUGAUCCCGAGCGACGCUAUCAGUCUUGUGGAGACCAACUUUGAUGAGAACGUAUUAAGAGUAUUAUGCGAGAUGGACUGUGGUGUUCCUUUACUGCUGGAUCGGAUCAAACAGAGCAUGGUCUCGUGUCGCGAAGCUUCAGUCUUUUUCAAGAAACGAGCGGUUUUGGAAGAGGAGUAUGGGAAGAGUUUGCAGAAGCUUGCGCGAACUACAUCCGAGGUUUACUCUAUGAACGACGGGAAGGCUGGGUCUUUCGUGGGUGCUUGGCAGUCAUCCAUGAAAAUCCAUGAAGUUAUGGCAGAGAACAGGAUUCGUUUUGCACAGCGGCUAAAUGAGAUGAGCGAUGAGCUGGCCUCACUCGCGAAGGAAGUGGACAAGAACAGAAAGCAGACUAAGGAGCUGGCCAGUCGCUACGAACGUGCCCUUCAAGAAUCAGAGUUGAAUAUGGAGAAGUCCAAAAAUCGAUUGGAAGUUUCUUCGGAGGAACUUGAGCGAGUUUUACUUCAGAAGGAGGGGGAGUCCCUCAAGGACGGUGGUUUGCAGGCCAAGAACCAAGGAGGAGUCACAGGUAAACGAGCACUUGGAAAAGCAGUGGCUAAAGGCGGCCUUCUGCUCAAGGGGAAGAAUCCUGGAAACAUACAAAGACAAGAAGACGACAUCCGCGCGCGUGUAUCGAAUGCGUCUGACUUAUACCGCAAGGCGCUUACUGAUACCCAAGCAAUGAGACAAGAAUACUUUAAUUUUCAGUUGCCUCGGAUACUGCGUGCUCUCAAAGAAUGUGCUGACGAAAUAGAUCUCGGGACUCAAUAUCAUUUGACGAGAUAUGCAUUUUUAUUUGAGAGCAUUGUCCUGAGCGACGGAUCAACUCUUGUUCCAGUAGCGCCAGAAGACGGUAUCGGCCUGAAAUCUACGAUCGAGUCUAUUGAUAAUCGAGCAGACUUCAAGAUCUACAUGCAGAACUAUGCAUACGCACGUGGCGGAGCCACUCCUCGAGGUCCGCGACGCGAAGGUCCAGCAGAAGAAGGUUUUCUGCCACCAUUGCCGACCCACGGGGUUGGCGCAUAUUCUUCUGUUCAUGCAAAUGCCCCAAUUGGGAAUGGUCACAACUCCCAAAUCCCUGAUAAGGGCCGGCCAACGUUCGGCGUAGAUCUCGCAGAGCAGAUGGCGAGAGACAAUGUUGAACUUCCAGCGAUUCUCGAAAAGUGCUGUGCUGCUAUCGAAAAGCAUGGCAUUCAAUCACAAGGGAUUUAUCGAAUCAGCGGCACGGCACGGAAAGUAGCUUCACUGAAAGAGCGCUUAGACAAAGACAUGGACUCUGUCAACUUAGAUUCGGAAGAGUGGAUAUCUGACAUCAACAACGUCACUAGCGUCCUCAAGAUGUGGUUCAGAGAGCUUCCUGAUCCGCUACUAACAUCAACCCUGCAUCAGGGCUUUGUGGAAGCCGCUAAAAUCGAGAACGAGCGCCUGCGGCACAUACGCUUACACGAGCGAGUCAACGACUUACCGGACCCGAACUAUGCUACACUCAAAUUCUUUUUGGGGCACUUGCAUAAGAUUGCGGAGUAUGAGUCGGAUAAUUCCAUGUCUAUCCAGAAUCUCGCCAUCGUUUUCGGACAAACUCUCUUUGGUCAGAUAAUACCUGGCAAUGGGAGUUUUUCGGGUCAUGGGAACGGGGGCAUAGCGGAUGCUCCCUUUCAGAAUAAGGCGAUCGAGACAAUCUUAGAUCACUACUCCGAUAUUUUCGUUGAUGAAGCUGAAGUGGUUGCUUAGGCUCUCAGAUCGGCGCCCCUCAGCAAGGCAACUGGUCGUGGUUUUCCCUUACCCUCUUGCGAUACCCAUUUACUACCCCCACAGGCCAGGGUCAUCCACCGGGUUGGCUUUCGCUUUCGUCUUGGAACAGAUUUCUAGUCGCUCG